AUGGAGGUGGGUGAGGCAGCAGGGCACAAAUCUGGAAACAGAACAAGAGAGGAGACGGUGAGAAGAACUCAAAAAGUCACAGUGGGCCAGAACUUGCAGCAGAAGAACAGUAAUCUGGCGGAGUAGUGAAGGUUGAGCCAGUCUUUUAUGGAGAGGUGAGUUGAUUGGAGCCUGACAUCAGGUGUGCCCUGCUGUACUCAGACAGAAAGUAGGUCAGCCAUGUCCCCCAGCCACAGCCUGCACUGCUGAGAGGACCACAGGAGAAAACAGAUUAAGAGCAGAAACAGGAAACUUAAACUAGGUCCCAGGAUGAGAACGAGACUUGUUGACCCUCUUUAUCGUCCUGGGGCUGGUGUCCGAUGGCGAUCUGCUGGCAGCUGUCCUUAUCAGAGCAGCACGGGCCUCCCUCCAGACUCAGCGUGCUCUUCAGAAAUGGGCUUGGGCUGAAGGAACCGCCACCUCCCUCUCCUGACUGGGAAAUGAGGGAGGUUGGAAAAAGUUUCUUACCAUGAAGGGAGACAUGUCUGUGGCUGAGGAAACCAGAGAGUUAUGGGAGUACUCUAUCCAUGGCAGGUGCGUUGACCAGGAGGUCAGGAGUGUUUUUAAUGGCAUCUGUCUUUUUUAAACAUCUGUGAUCAUGCUGAAAGCUGAAUAAACAUAAACAUAAACAUAGAUGGGAGACCACACAGCGCAGGGAUGAUUCCAGGCUCUGGUUAGCCUGUUCCAUCUGGCCAUUAGACUGGGGAUGGUAACCGGAGUUUAGGCUGGGGUCACUCCUAGCAUCUCACAGAGAGCCUUCCAUACUCUUGAUGUAAAUUGGGGGCCGUGGUCUGAAACAAUGUCUUGAGGGAGCCCAUGGAGGUGAAACACAUGUAGAACCAGCAGGUCAACUUUCUCCAUUGCUGAUGGGAGCUUGGGUAGGGGAUGAGGUGAACUGCCUUAAAGAACCUGUCUAAAAUGGUCAAGAUGGUGGUGUUGCCUUCGGAUGGGGGUAAGCCAGUGACAAAGUCUACUGUGAUGUGUGACCAGGGAUGGUAAGGAAUGGGCAAGGGUUGGAGGAGGCCAGCUGGUGCAAGGACUUGUUUUGAGCACAGGUGAAGCAAGCUGCAAUAAACUCUCUGGUGUCACCAGAGGCACUGUCGGAGCAGGAAGAGAGUCUGGCAAACCCCAGGAUGGCAGGACAUCUUGGAAGAGUGCCCCCACUGGAGCACUGGUGUUUGUGCAGGGGGUGGUACAUACAUUCGACCUUUGGGGCAGUCUUCAGGCUUUGGGUCCCCCUGUUGUGCAUCCUGAACCAACUGCUCCACCUCCCACCUGGCAGCCCCAACAACACAGGAGGUGGGUAAAAUGGUCUCUGUGGCUGCCUCUUCCUCCUCUGGAGAAAACUGCCAGGAUAGGGCAUCUGGUUUGACAUUUCGGGAGCCAGGAAGGUAGGUGAGGGUGAAGUUGAAUCUUCCCAAGUAAAGGGCCCACCGAGCUUACGGGAGUGUAACCUCCGGGCUGAACAGAGGUAGGGGAGGUUCUUAUGGUCUGCCCAAAUGAUAAAGGUGUGGGUUGCUCCUUCCAGCCAGUGCCGCCAAUCUUAAAGUGCCUGAAUGACCGCCAGCAACUCUCGGUUCCCCACAUCAUAGUUUCUCUCCACUGAAGGCAGGCAGCGGGAGAAGAAUGCACAGGGGUAAAGUUUCUGAUCUGCAGGCAAGCGCUGGGAGAGGACGGCCCCCACUCCUGGAUCUGAGGCAUCGACCUCCACGACAAAUUGCGGGGCAGGAUCUGGGUGGAUUAAAAUAGGUGCAUUAACAAACUUAGAUUUUAGUUUUUCAAAUGCGGCCUGGGCAGCAGGGGACCAUUCAAACAGUCUCUUUAUAGUUGUUAGCUGAGUGAGAGGGGCUGCUGUUCAGCUAUAGUCUAGGAUAAACCUCCUAUAGAAAUUAGCAAACCCUAGAAAUCUCUGUUAUUGCUUGCGUGUUGCUGGAACGGGCCACUCAGCAAUUGCUUUUACCUUCUCAGGUUCUGGCUUCAACUGCCCUUUCUCGACCACAUAACCUAGGAAAGAUACAGAGGUGACCUGAAAUUUACAUUUUUCAGCCUUCACAAACAGCUUGUUUUCAAGGAGUCUUUGUAGAACCAGCUUUACAUGUUGCACAUGCUUAUCAUAGCUCCUGGAGAAGAUCAAUAUGUCGUCCAAAUAGACGAAUACAAAUCUGUUUAUCAUGUCUCUAGGCACAUCAUUUACUAACGCCUGAAAAACAGUGGGAGCAUUAGUUAAGCCAAAUGGUACCACAAGGUAUUCAAAGUGACCCAGAUGUGUGUUAAAAGCAGAUUUCCACUCGUCCCCCUCAUGGAUUCUGACCAAGUGAUAGGCGUUUCGUAAGUCCAGCUUGGAGAAUAUGGUUGUGUCAUGGAGGGGAGUGAAAGCUGAGUCAAUGAGAGGAAGGUUUUUUUUUUUUUUUUUACGGUGGUGUCAUUCAGUCCAGUGUAGUCUAUGCAGGGUCGCAAGGUCUUAUCUUUCUUCUCCACGAAGAAGAAACCUGCUCCUAUAGGAGAUGAGGAGGGUCGGAUGAGGCCUACAGCAAGAGAAUCUGUGAUAUAGGUUUCCUCCUGUCAGGAGGAGGAGAAGGAGGAGGAGGAGGGUGAAUAGCACUAGUGCCAGCAGAACAGCAUUUACUGAACAUUCUUAACAAAUGUUUCUCUCUCGCUUUGUCUGUCCAUCUCUCUCUCUCUCUCUCUCUCUCUCUCUCUCUCUCUCUCUCUCUCUCUCUCUCUCUCUCUCUCUCUCAGCAAAUGGCAUUGUUCUAUAACAAUCUUGUUUUUCCACCACCAGCUGCACCACCAGAGCUGGCGGGGACCUCUCAAGAGGUGCACAGCUUCUUUGCUAGUUGUGUUGAAGAUGAGGAGAGGGAGGACAGUGGUGGUGAGGUGGAGUCAUCAGGCCGUCAGUUGGUGAUGCAGUACCUGAGCAGCAACCCCAAGACCCUUGGUCUGACUCUACUUGGUGUCUGGAAGGAGAUAUCUAGUGCUGUUGCAAGAAGACGCUGGCAAUCCCAGCAACAAGCACUCCCUCAGAGCACUCGUUCAGUAUUGCUGGGAGACUAA